AAUUUCACUGUGCUGCAUCUGGAUUAACUUUGGGAUCUUGCUUUGGAGGAUCCCCACUGCCAACAUGUCAACAUCUGUACAGGUGGAUCCAGUCAUGGAGACAAGGUAUGGUGGAGUUGGCCGCUGCAAGUGCUCCUUCUGGUUCGCAGUGGCCCACGACGUAGUAGGUGUCUUCAUCAUGAUGGUGGGGGUGUUUGGAGGGCUCGCUAUCCAUGAUUUGUUCAUUUACGCGGGGGCUAUCGUCAUCUUCCUAAGCCUGAUCUGGUGGGUGUUCUGGUACUCGGGGAACAUCGACGUGCCACCUGAGGAGCUGGAGGACGACGUGGGCCUGAUCAAGCUGAAGAACCGUGGACUCAGCCGGGCGGUGAGGCGCGUGUCCGACCGCCUCUCCAGCAGGAUCAGGAGCUCUUUCAGAAAGAGCAGCAGGCCCGUCAGAGAAGACCCCGCAGGCAACAACACAGCUUCAAACACUGGUACAGAGGUGUCGCUCUCCACCAUCUAUGACAGCACCAUCGCGUCCUCCCCUAAAGGAUUAGUGAGAGAGACAUUGUCAGUGUGAGCUAAACCACUGCAGACUGUA